AUGGCUGAAGCGACGCUCACAAAACUGGCCAUGGCUGAAGUGGCGCUUGAAGAUGUCCGCCGAGCCGCUCCGGCUGAGGCGUCUGACGAGCAGGCUGUCAUGGACUUUAUCGAACGUAGCGAUGUCACUGGCAGGAGCUCCAAGUUUUUUGACGCUGCCACUUCCAUUCCUUCCGAGGUUGCCUCUCAAACUUCCUCCAGGACUGAACUAUUUCAGGAUACGCAUUCAAACGAUCACUCUGAAGAGAACAAGGAUGUGGACGACGAAUUGUUUGCCAUUACGAAUUCGAUUAACCGCAUGCACUAUGAAAUGCACGCCGCGCACGCAGCUUCUCAGGAAGCCAACGACAGUGGUGUUGGUGAAAAGGUUAAGGAUAAAAGAAAGUCGAAGAUGGAGUUUCCAGGACAAGUGUAUCGAGGUAAUGAGGGUGCCCCCCAGUCGCAAGGCGACAAAUUCGCGGCCAAUGCAGGGCACAUUUUUCACGGCUAUUCCAAGAAGAAGAGGGGAUUCUUUCGACGCAAGAAGAAGACCAGCUCAAGGAAGAAAGUAGAUGGCGAUGACGACAGUGACGUCGAAAGUGCCAGUAGCGGGAGACACCAAUCCAAUCUGUAUGCCAAGAAAAUGAAAAUUGCAUCCCUUGAAUCACUCCAAGAGUUCAAGUCCGUCGUUAUUGACAAAAAAGGCUACGUCUGGUCUUAUAUCAGGGAUGCACUCUUCUUUAUCGUCAUACCGUCGACCCUUCUUGCGGCAAUCCUGUUCUAUUUCCUUGGAAAUCCUGAGUUUGGAGACAGCUUAAGCUUUGACGACGUGGCACUGUACUUUAACAGUCAAACUGAAUCGCCCUCUUCCAUUAGCGGUGAACCAACACCAGCACCAUCCAUGGCUGGCCUUGAAUUUGGUUUUGAUCCAAGCAAGUGCCACUACUGGAAAGGUGUAAAGGGCCCCACUCUUUCUUGGUGGCUUUUGUUCUUGGGCGUUCGACAAGUAAUUACGCUCGGUUUUGCUCGGGCGGCUCAGUAUGUUGUCAUUUACUAUGCUCUCAAGAUCAACUUUUCGGGUUUGAUGGGGCCGACCAUCAGACUGUUCCUCCUUCAAGCGAAAGGUUGGCCCUUUGUGAUGAUUCUGUGGGCUUUGUUCAAUUUCGCGCUUCUAUUUGGAAACCGUCGCUUCUCGGGACAUUGGGCAUUCUGGCAAGAUUGGGUUGAGCUCUUUAAUGCAUGCAAUCCUUCUGGGUCGGUGACAUCAAACUCCAACUACGGAGGGUUACUAGUUUAUGCCAUCUUUCUUGGCGUGCUGGUGGCAGUCAAACGAUUCUGGCUUGGGCUUCGGUUCGGAAAAGCUUCCUACGUCCGUUACGCCGACAAGCUGUCCGACAUCUUGAAGGAUCUGUUGCUUCUUUCCAGAGUUGCUAAGGUAUCAAAAUAUGAUUACUACUCGGAGAUGAAUCCUCGUGACAUGGAUGACCAUUCGGUCCUUGACUUCUGGUAUACAGCUAGUGGAGAGCCAGACAAUGCGUCGGACGGACUGUCCUUGCCACCCUUGGACAACGGAUCGGCUCAUGGUGGAGAAAAGAAGAAGCCCCAUAGAAGGACCUAUACUGCCAUGACUGUCGAAAGUGCGAAUUUCCUGACUGAAAAACAAAACGAAGACAUCAGGGAACUUCUCGGCGAAUGGGAAGACAUUGAACUUUCUGAUGGAAACGCGGAAGAAGCUGAUCUCACUUCGAUCAUUCAGUUUCGGGCUUCAAUUGGCGUAUUGGAGAGUGCGAUGCCAUACUCGCCUGCGUUUGGUAUGGCCCGAACUCGUAAGGAAGUAAUCGAGGGAAGCGAGAGACUUUAUGAUGCUCUUGUCAAGAAACAACAGUACAUGGAGAGUGACUUCAUUUCCUCGCAUGCCCCGACAACCCUCCGCUUUCAUACAGUUGCGCUAACUGCACUCAAAAGUUCGGGCUAUUUCGAUGAGAAACAGUGCAAAUCACUUGUGAAACUAUUUCGUCCUGGACGGGAUGGGUCGUUAACGAAACUGGAGUUCUGCAAGUCCAUUGAUAACCAAUACAAGGAGUUGAGAAAAUUGCGAGCCAGUAUCGUAAACGAAGGAAAGGUGAAUAUUGCAUCUGAAAGAAUCAUCAACUUUGUCUUUUACGGAAUUAUGGUGGUAAUCUUGCUAGGUAUAUUGGGGAUUGACCCCAUUGCACUAUUCGGAGUGUUGACAUCUUUUAUCCUGGGUUUCUCAUUCAUGAUCAGCGGAGCAUCCUCUGAUUACUUCAGGGGUUUACUAUUCGUCACUUUGCAGCGACCAUAUGACAUUGGUGACAGAGUGAAUGUGAGUUCCGCAAUCUCCGAGUCGAGUGCGGGUGGUGCAGCAGGUUGGAUUGUCAAGGAUGUCAAUCUCUACCAUACAACCUUCAUUUUCGGAACCACGAAUGAAUAUGCAACCAUUUCCAAUGGGGCUUUGUCGAAUGCAAGAAUCAUCAAUGCUGCUCGAUCACCUCGGGCUCUCAUGAAUUUCGCUAUGAAAUUCGGACUCGCCGUCCCAGAAUCAACCAUUAUGUCCUUCAAGGAGGACCUGAUAGCCUAUGUCAAAGCUCGGCCAAGAGAGUUUAUGUCUUUCGCUGCGUUUCGUAUGACUCGUAUCGAGGCAGAUCAUGGAUUCAUUGAAUACAAGAUUGUUGUGCUGUUGCGGGAGUCGUGGCAACAGGUCGGAGCAUUGCUGAACAGUCUAGCCGCACUUCAAGCAUUUGCGUUUGCGCGCAGUCAAGAGCUGAAUAUGGUGUACAGAGCACCAUGCAUGCCCAUCGAGUUGAAGAUGAUUGGAGAUGAUGAUGCGCCAGGUACAACCCCCAAUCCCCUGAACCAAAACCCAGACUUGCCUCGUCCGAAUCGCAAUCGGGCAGCCACAGAAUCUGGAGUUCCUUCAUCACCGUUUCGCAAUGCUCUAUUUGGUAGAUAG